GAGGGUUUCGUUACUCGCCCCCCAAGGAAGGUGGUGAACCUUGUUCUGAGCGCCUCUUACGGGCCUGCCGUGCUUUCCCGUACCUCACCUCUGUGGUUCCUCAACUUCUGGGGGUUAUAGAGACCUUUGUGAGUUGCCUGAAAAUCAUGACCGUCUCUCCCCCGCAAAAUGUACAAUGCUGAAUGUGCACCUUUUUGUAUACAUUUUCAGAGCCUACCCCCCCCCGCCCCCCAUGGACUUAUUUUAAUGUUCCCAGCCAUCCCGUGAGCUGUAUGACUUUGGCUUUUAAGAUCCUCUUACCACCAACUCUCCGUGCGCUCAGCCAGAAAGAACUGUGCCUAUUCCGAGAACAUCACUGGCCUGACAUAAGACAGUUCAGCCGGUGGUCAGAAACAGUUCUUCGUGGACACCGCCUCCUCCAGAGAAGAAAGCCUGUUGUGUCAUUCCAGGAAAGCAAUCUAAGACCACGUGCCACCCGCCUUGUUUUCUUGCCAGGGUCGCAUGUGGGACUCUGCAGUGGCCCCUGUGAGAUGGCAGAGCAACGGUUCUGUGUGGACUAUGCCAAGCGUGGCACAGCCGGCUGCAAAAAAUGCAAGGAAAAGAUUGUAAAGGGCGUGUGCCGAAUCGGCAAGGUGGUGCCCAAUCCCUUUUCAGAGUCAGGGGGCGAUAUGAAAGAGUGGUACCACAUUAAAUGCAUGUUUGAGAAACUGGAGCGGGCCCGGGCCACCACAAAAAAAAUUGAGGACCUCACAGAGCUGGAAGGCUGGGAAGAGCUGGAAGAUAAUGAAAAAGAACAGAUAAGCCAGCACAUUGCAGAUCUGUCUUCCAAGGCAGCAAACACACCAAAGAAGAAAGCUGUUGUCCAGGCUAAGUUGACAGCCACUGGCCAGGUGACAUCUCCAGUGAAAGGUGCCUCAUUUGUCACCAAUACCAAUCCCCGGAAAUUUUCUGGCUUUUCAGCGAAGCCCAACAACUCUGGGGAAGCCCACUCAAGCCCUACCCCUAAGACAAGUCUGUCCUCAAGCAAAUGUGACCCUAAGCACAAGGAUUGUCUGCUACGCGAGUUUCGGAAGUUGUGUGCCAUGGUGGCUGAAAAUCCUAGCUACAACACGAAGACCCAGAUCAUCCAGGACUUCCUUCAGAAAGGCACAGCAGGAGAUGGUUUCCACGGUGACGUGUACCUAACAGUGAAGCUGCUGCUGCCGGGUGUUAUUAAGAGUGUUUACAACUUGAAUGAUAAGCAGAUUGUGAAGCUUUUCAGCCGCAUUUUUAACUGCAACUCAGAUGAUAUGGCACGAGACCUAGAGCAGGGUGACGUGUCAGAGACAAUCAGAGUCUUCUUUGAGCAGAGCAAGUCUUUCCCCCCAGCUGCCAAGAGCCUUCUUACCAUCCAGGAGGUGGAUGAAUUCCUCCUGCGGCUCUCCAAGCUCACCAAGGAGGACGAGCAGCAACAGGCCCUGCAGGACAUCGCCUCCAGGUGUACAGCCAAUGACCUUAAGUGCAUCAUCAGGUUGAUCAAACAUGAUCUGAAGAUGAACUCAGGUGCAAAACAUGUGUUAGAUGCCCUAGACCCCAAUGCCUAUGAAGCCUUCAAAGCCUCACGCAACCUGCACGAUGUGGUGGAGCGGGUCCUCCGCAACGAGCAGGAGGUGAAGAAGGAGCCAGGCCGGAAACGAGCUCUGAGUGUCCAGGCCUCACUGAUGACCCCGGUGCAACCCAUGCUGGCCGAGGCCUGCAAGUCCAUCGAGUACGCGAUGAAGAAGUGUCCGAAUGGCAUGUUCUCUGAGAUCAAGUAUGAUGGGGAGCGAGUCCAGGUACAUAAGAACGGGGACCACUUCAGCUACUUCAGCCGCAGUCUCAAGCCAGUCCUGCCGCACAAGGUGGCCCACUUUAAGGACUACAUCCCCCAAGCUUUCCCUGGGGGCCACAGCAUGAUCUUGGACUCUGAGGUGCUCCUGAUCGACAACAAGAAAGGCAAACCACUGCCCUUUGGGACUCUGGGAGUGCACAAGAAAGCUGCCUUCCAGGAUGCUAAUGUCUGCCUGUUUGUUUUUGAUUGUAUCUACUUCAAUGAUGUCAGCUUGAUGGAUAGGCCUCUGUAUGAGCGGCGGAAGUUUCUUCACGAUAACAUGGUUGAAAUUCCCAACCGGAUCCUGUUCUCAGAAAUGAAGCAAGUCGCAAAAGCCUCCGACUUGGCUGACAUGAUCAACCGGGUGAUCCAAGAGGGGUUGGAAGGGCUGGUGCUGAAGGACGUGAAGGGUACAUAUGAGCCUGGAAAGCGUCAUUGGCUGAAAGUGAAGAAGGACUAUUUGAACGAGGGGGCCAUGGCUGACACAGCUGACCUGGUGGUGCUUGGGGCCUUCUAUGGGCAAGGGAGCAAAGGUGGCAUGAUGUCCAUCUUCCUCAUGGGCUGCUAUGACCCGAGCAGCCAGAAGUGGUGCACAGUCACCAAGUGUGCAGGAGGCCACGACGACGCGACGCUCGCCCGCCUACAGAAGGAACUGGACAUGGUGAAGAUUAGCAAGGAUCCCAGCAAGAUACCCAGCUGGCUGAAAAUCAAUAAGAUCUACUAUCCUGACUUCAUCGUUCCAGACCCAAAGAAAGCUGCCGUGUGGGAGAUCACAGGGGCUGAAUUCUCGAAAUCUGAGGCUCACACAGCCGAUGGGAUCUCCAUCCGUUUCCCUCGCUGCACCCGAAUCCGUGAUGAUAAGGACUGGAAGUCUGCCACUAACCUCCCCCAACUCAAGGAACUGUACCAGCUCUCCAAGGAGCGGGCGGCUUUCGCCAUAGUGGCCGGAGAUGAGGGGAGCUCCACUACAGGGGGCAGCAGCGGAGAGAACGAGGGCACCUCGGGGCCAGCUGUGUCUCACGAGGCCCCGAGAAACUCCCCCAAGCAGCCCUCCGCCAGUGCCAAGAAGGCAGGAGGGAAGCUGAGUAGCUCCAACGGCAAAGGCGGCAACAAGCUGGCUGCAAAGCCUUCCCCUGUGAAAGUGGGAGAGAAGCGGAAGGCUCCUGAUGAGACCCCAUGCCAAGCAAAGGUGAGGGUGCUGCCGGACAUCUUCACCGGGGUGCGGCUCUACCUGCCGCCCUCCACGCCAGACUUCAGCCGUCUCCGACGCUACUUUGUGGCAUUCGAUGGGGACCUGGCGCAGGAAUUUGACGUGGCCUCAGCCACACAUGUGCUGGGUAGCAGAGACAAGAACCCUGAGGCCCAGCAGGUUUCCCCGGAGUGGAUCUGGGCCUGCAUCCGGAAACGGAGACUGGUAGCUCCCUGCUAGGACUGCUGCCUGCCCUCGCCCUCUGGCUGUGCUCUCCCCACUGCACUACUCCUGGACAGGGCAGGCAGGCACAGGACAGAACCUGGGGGAACGGGCUUUCUUCUCCAAGCUGUGCAUCUUCCAGAACCCACCAACCACGCACGGUCUCUUCCAGACUGGAGUUAGUUGCUGUGGGUACCACCAGUGAAGUUAGUUUCUCCUGCCAGUUUACAUAGGUCUUUCAGAUCUGGGUGCUGGUUUUGACCUCUUUUUUUUCUUCUUUAAAAAGAAGCUUUUAAAAAAACAAAAAACAAAAAAAACCAGGAACUAUCUUGGAGUUAUGUCCUUCCCCCCACACCCUCUAUAAUUCUCCUAGUGAUUAAGGAGUGAAGAAGGGAAGGCCGGCUGUUGAAGCUCUGUCCACAGAGCCCGUCCUGGCGGCAGUCUUUUCUCCCUUACCUGCCUCUUCUACUUCCAGGCUCAUUUUAAAGUUGUAUUUAAAAGAAAGACUGUCCCCAGAAAUGCUUAUAUUUGGCAAAACUUGGUUGCAGCCUGGCCGCCAGGAAUGAAGUCUCACUUGAAAGAAAACAAAAUGGGUUUUCUGUCUUUGUGCUCUCCUAUUACAGCGUGUGGGUCCGGUGUGAAGGGAGGGAACCAUGAUCAGGUAGGAAGGAAAGGGAGGUUGUUUGGGCUGCUCCUCGGGGGGAUACAGGGCUCCAGGAGGAUCUGCCUCCCCCAAAUCUGGAAACAAGACUGCUCUUUAAAAACCCACCUGAGGACAAACCUACACAGCCUGCUUACAAAGAAUGGCUCCUGCACCGCCUGAGGCUGAUUUAUUUGAAUAAAAGGAAAACAAUUUAGCAUGGACGAGUGCAGUUCAACAGAACUUUUUAUGGCAUUGGAAGCACCCUGUAAAUCUCCACUGGCCAACAUGAACCAGCCAUAUUCUGAGCAUGUGAAAUGUGCUAACGAAACUGAGGAAGUGAACUUUUCAUCUUCGUUCAAGUAGUCACGUGAGGCUAGUGCUAGUGACUAUCACCUUGGGCAGUGCAGGUGUAGACAGACGUAGUUUGAAUCAAGCCCUGAAAUUUAACAGCCCUAACCCUCCAGGAAUGGGGACAGGAACUGCACCUACAUCACAGGGUUGCUGUGAAGAGUAAGUGACCUCAGGAGGCCUUCGGUAAAGCACUUAGCACAGAGCCUGGCACACAGCGGUCUAGAGUCGGGAGGAUCAGCACUGGUGUGCAUGUCCAGAGCCUGCCCAGGAGACUGGGGCCUGGCCUCUGACUUCAGAGCCCUGUCAGCCCACCUCCACAGCCUCGCACCUGUGCGACACAGCUCCCUCUGGUCUGUGUGCAGUUCAUCAUGUCACCAUCUGGUUUUGAACUGACUUCCAGCUAGUUCUGCUGACUUCUGAGGGUCCAUUCUGCGUUUUCUUAUCAACAGAUUGGCAGGCUUGUUUGUCCAGCCCCUGUGAGUGAGGUUAAUGUGACUCAAUCAUCUCUGGAGCAUACCCGAGUCUGCGUCUGAGUCUGGGCCACCGCCUCGCCCCGGCCCUCCUCCAGUGUGCUCGGCCAAGGUCACACUCCGCUGGGAGGCCAACUUCAACCUGAUGGACCGGGGUUUCCACCUGCUGCUGAAAAUGUGUUGGCAGGAAGGGCAGGAGGGGGAGGCGCCCUGACUCUAGGCCAGGACGUUUGGUGUUUCUGAAUAGGCACCAUUCAGUCUGGCUUCACUGCUGAGAAGAAGACACUCUUUUUAUUCUGUCCUCUGCAGAGACAAAAGCUGCUCCUCCUCUGAGCACUGACCUACAUAAAUUUUCAUCCCCCUCGCCAGCCUCCUCAGGCCAAGCAACUGGACAGAGCAGCAGAACAAGGCUCUCCCCUCAGGAUUUUGCCAACGGACACAGACGCUGCCCUUUCGCCUGGCUGGUCUCUCAGGGUGCGCUCGCACAGCAGAGGGGGGCAUCUCAGUCAUGAGCUCAGCCCCUCGGCCCCUCCCUGCCCCGCUGGGUGUGUUGUCUUCGGUUCACUGUACAAGGUGUUUAUUUCCUUCCA